AGCGAGCAGGCGAACAUAAACAAAAGAAGUUUUUUUUCGCAAGUGCAAGUAAUAAUUUAUUCGAAUGGAUUUUUAUUUUCCUUUAACUAACAUAUGGAGUCAUACUUACGUCCAAUUUACGUGGUUUUUAAAUGUGUAAAGUGCAUCUGCCGUUAACUCGCCUGUCUCGUAAUUACACCGUUUAGGUUUCUAACAGUCCACAGCCAUGUCGAUAUUUAGCGUACAAGGGCGGAAACACACCGCUUAUUACGACAAUCUGCUGUCAACAUCAACGUCCAGGACACCCGGCCGAGAGCGAAAGAUAGCCGGCACGACGCUGGGCAAAAGUGUGACCGCAUCAGGGGAGUCUGCAUGUGAAGACAGCAGGUCAUCAGAUAAAAGCCGUCCGGUGAACAGGACGUAUGUCGUCUCUGCCCUGUCAAAGAGUGGCAGCGGGCAGCAGACCCCUUACCGAGCCCGGCUCACCCUACAAAGACGGUCAAAGAGGAAGACCGGGGCCGAAACGGCUGAACAAACGAUGACAGACAGCAGCCAAAGCACCACAGCAGCUCCGGAGAAGAGACUGACUCUGCAGCGCAGGACCAGGACUCCCUCCAUGGACAAGAGCGGACGUGGGCAGCCUGGUGGCCUGCAGUCAACGCCCAAAGUUCUCGGUGAACCAAACGGGAGGACACCUGGUUUAUUCAGGUCAAUGAGCUUAAGAGAAACUGCGACUCAUGUGCAAACACAAGGGAGGUUUGCGCAGAACAAAACCUCCUCCUCUUCUUCAUCUUCAAGUAGAAACACAGACGAGACCCAUACCUUUAAAACGCCGACCAGAAAGACCCCGUUUGAGAGAAUCGCUGCCAAACGAGACGUGUUUGAGAGACUGGCAGGGAAAGAAGCUCCCAAGCCAGCGUUGGUCAAAUCUGCCAGUCUGGAAAGGCCCAAACCCCGAGCACAGCAAGCCGAAAACACUAAACCCUUCCCGGCUCCUCGGAUCAGCAAGACGACCUCAGGUGUGCGAAGACCUGACACGACGCUGCAGGUGAUAAAGACAAAGACCUCGAACCAAAAGGGAGACGUGACCCAGGUCAGGACAUCCGAUCCUGCUCCUCCUGAACAGAUCCUGCCCAGUACCAGUGAGGGUCUGAAGCAGCAGGACUUACUAAAAAUGGAAAACAGUGCUGUUACGGUGGCUGUGCGUGUCCGCCCCUUCAGUGCCAGGGAGAAAGCUGAGAAGUCCUCACAGGUCAUCUUCAUGAAUGGCCAGGAGACUGUGGUCCAGCAUCCAGAGUCCAAACAGAGCUACUCCUUCACCUACGACUUCUCUUUCUGCUCAGUGGAUGCCAGUGACUCCAACUUUGCCUGCCAGCAGACCGUGUAUGAGACGCUGGCCAAACCUCUGCUGCUGAGGGCCUUUGAAGGAUUUAACACCUGCUUGUUUGCCUAUGGCCAGACAGGUUCUGGUAAAUCAUACACGAUGAUGGGUUUUGAGGAGGAGGUAGGGGUGAUCCCAAAAUUCUGCCAUGAGCUUUUUUCUAAACUGGCCUCAAUAAAAAGUGAAGAGGUCAAAUGUCAUGUAGAGAUGAGCUACUUUGAAGUGUACAAUGAGAAGAUCCAUGACCUGCUGGUGACCAGAGAAGAACCAAACCAGAGGACGAUGCCCCUGAGGGUGAGAGAGCAUCCGGUCCACGGGCCUUAUGUCGCUGAGCUCUCAGCGAAUGUGGUGCGCUCUUACAAUGAUGUUCAGGGCUGGCUGGAGCUCGGCAAUAAGCAGAGAGCCACAGCAGCCACAGGAAUGAAUGACAAGAGCUCCAGAUCUCACUCUGUCUUCACCUUGGUCAUGACCCAGACUAAGACUGAGCUUGUGGAAGGCGAGGAACAUGACCACAGUAUCACCAGCAGGAUCAACUUGAUCGAUCUGGCAGGCAGCGAACGCUGCCACUCUGCCCAGACCAGUGGAGACCGACUCAGGGAGGGCGCCAGCAUCAACAAAUCACUGCUGACGCUCGGAAAGGUCAUCUCUGCCUUAUCAGAACAAGCGCUGACCAAGAAGAAAGUCUUCAUACCGUACAGAGACUCUGUCCUUACAUGGCUGUUGAAGGAGAGCCUCGGCGGUAACUCUAAGACGGCCAUGAUCGCUACGCUGAGCCCGGCGGGCAGCAACGUGGAGGAGAGCCUGAGCACUCUACGCUAUGCCCAGCAAGCCCGCACAAUCAUAAAUGUGGCCAAGGUCAAUGAGGACACCAAUGCCAAGCUCAUCAGAGAGCUAAAGGCAGAGGUGGAGAAGCUGCUAGCAGCCCAGAUGAGCUCCCAGGGCGUCGAACCAGAGAGAGUGAGGCUCUUCCAGCAGGAGAUCUCCACCUUGAAGAAUAAACUCUGUCAGCAAGAGAGGGAAAUGAUUGAGGCCAAUCGGGCGUGGAGGGAGAAACUUGAGCAAGCAGAAAUUCGCAAGCGUGAAGAGACCAAAGAGUUGCAGAAAGCAGGAGUGACCUUCAAAGUGGACAACCGUCUUCCCAACCUCGUGAAUCUGAAUGAGGACCCUCAGCUGUCCGAGAUGCUUCUCUACAUGAUCAAAGAGGGUCGCACUACGGUGGGCAAGUCCAACUCCAGCCACGAUAUCCAGUUGACUGGCGCCCUCAUUGCUGACCAGCACUGUGUUAUAUCCAACAUACACGAUACUGUCAGCAUCAUUCCGAUGGAAAACGCCAAGACUUUUGUUAAUGGGAACCUCAUCUCUGAAUCCACAGUCCUACACCAUGGCGACAGGGUGAUUCUUGGAGGAGAUCACUACUUCCGCUUUAAUCACCCAGCAGAGGUGCAGUCUGGGAAGAGAGCGUCAUGCUGGACAGGCGAAGGCGACGGUCAUAAAGAUUUCGAAUUUGCUAAAAACGAGCUCCUUGCAGCUCAAAGAGCGCUGCUUGAGGCAGAAAUUGAAGAAGCCCAUCUUAAAGCAAAGCAGGAGAUGAUGCAAGGAAUCCAGAUGGCAAAAGAAGUGGCUCAGAAAGAGCUUUCUGACCAGAAGGUGCUCUAUGAAGAAAAGAUCCGAGCCUUGGAGAGAGAGCUGAAUGAGGAGAAUGAGCGGAAGCGCCAACAGGAGUUGGAGAAGCAGAGGGUUGCCAGCCAGAUGGCAGAGCUCAAAACUGCCAAGCUGGAGUUGGAGCAGGAGGUGGAUGUCCAGAGGAAACGUCUCCGUAUCCACAUGGAGACCCAGGCUAUGGAAGAGCAUCGUGUGCGCCAAGCGAGGAUUGUCGAGGCCCUGGAGGCGGAAAAGAAAAAGAUUGGCAAGGAGCUGGAGGAGAUUCAGAAGAAAAGAGCUUUAAGGGAAAACCAUACGCCCCAACAUGUCUCUCCACAGUGGGAUGCCAUGAAGUUGUCCUUGAUGAUUGAGGAAGCCAAUAAAAUCAGUGCUAAACUGAAGAAACACACAGUGUUCAGCAGACAUGAGAGCUCGGAGAAUGAGAAGUGCGGUGGUGUGCUGCAGGUGCGAGUUCAAAACACAAAGCUGGGAAUUGCCACUUUCUGGUGUCUGGAAAAGUUCCAAAAUAACAUUGCUGCCAUGAGGGAGCUCGAACGGGGGGAUUCCAGCUCUAAAGAUGACAAUGUGUUUUACGACCCCGAUGAUGAGUGGGAGCAAGAUAUAUCAGCCUCUUCUUCCUCCGCUGCCUCCUUUUCUCGACGAAGAAGCAGGAGUUUGCUGAAGAGCAGAAGGAUCUCAGGGCGUCUCUACGAGAUCCGGGUGCAUCCCAUUCAGAGCCUCUACAGUGGCUCCUCACAGUCUGCUGGGUUAAUGGGUGUGACCAAAUCCCCCUCCCUCCAUUCCAGCAUCUCAGACCCUGGGAUGCCUGGCAUCUGCAAGGAGCUAGUUGGCCAAUCACUGGCCCGUCUGCGUAGUUCUACAGGGUCGGAGGAGAGCAUGGCAGAUCGGUUAAUCUCAGAUCUAAACCUGGUCUACAUGGCUGUCCAAACUAUAUCUGACCUAUACGACAGUCUGGAUGAUGACAGCCAGGAUAGUGUGUUUGUGGGUAAUUUGGUGGCACAAACUGAGUUGGUGAAGGCCACGACAGCCAUAGAGAAUGCAGUGUUUGUUACCAUGCAGUGGUUGGCCAGUGUUAAACCCUCCUCCGGUCUGCUCUACACGAUUGCUGAGGAACUUAAAAGCCAAGUCAAGAAGAUGGGAGGGUUCUUCCAGAUGUUGAUUCAGGGUUGCGAAUCUGAGAUCACAUCGAUGGUGAAAGAAGCCCGAAGGAAAACUAGUCAGUGCCUGGAUAAAACUUUACUUGCGCUUGGACACAUGGCAGUAGUGACAGGCAUGUCAUUGAAUGUCACGGGACUGGGCGCCCAGGCUAUGGGCAAGCCUUCAGUGGUCACGUGUCUAAUGAAGGGAACUGGUAAGGGUAUCCGAUCUCUCUUGGAGGAGAGCCUCACCAUCACGAGGGAAAUGCUGAGAGAGGCUCAACUGUCCUAUCCCAGAAGCUCAGUCCUCCAGAGCCUUAAAUCAAAGACUCUUGAUUUAGCUCGUGCUCUGGAGAGCUACAUGUACUGCCAUAUUUUGGAGAGGGAAUCGGAACCACAGGAGGCAGAGGAAGGGGAGGAGGACGCUUUGGCUUUACUUUUGCAGAAACUGAGGACGACAUCAACCAAACUGUUCCAGCUGAACCAAGCCAUUAGACAGUUGCAUUCAUCUCUGUCUACAGCCUUACGAGGAAAAGACUUCAAAAGCUGCAGAGAUACGAUCUCCUCUUCUGCCAAGGCUGUUGACGAGCUGAUCACCGGCCUUUCCAAGGAUGGAAUUGGGGCCCCAACCCUGCAGCUUCCCUGUCUUCAGACCGUAAUGUCUGCACGAGAUGAGCUCCACUCGACCCUGGAGUCCUUGUCCUCUCUCUGGAACCAGCAGGAGGAGGGAGAGAGCAGAAGUUCAGCUAGUUUUGAAAAGGAUACAGAAGAAGAAAGCUCAGCCAAAGAGAGAGCUGCCACUCACAGUACUGUUAGACAUCGAGUUGUGAGCAAGAUUGUGUACGCCCUCGCUCCAGGUGUGCAGUCUAACAGCAGCCCGCACUGGGUAUAGUCUUUAUUUGUCGUAUCACAUGCUGUUUUACAGACUGGUAACAGGAAAACUGCAGUAUAGCAUCUACAAGCUGUAUUUACACAACCAUCUGCACACCAGAGCAGUAGUUCCUCUAAUUUGUCUUACUUCUAAUGUUCUGUAAAGGCAGCUGUUGUUAAAAUAUUCAAACUGAUUUCCCUAGCUUAGUAAAAAUGUUGCUUUUCAGCAGUUCACAUUUAUUUUAAUAAAAAUCAAGUGUUUUGUUAAACAUUUAAGCCACCAGAAUGUGUAUAGCAUUACAAUUAGCAGAUUAACAGCAUUAGGAGUAACUAGCUGUAAAGAUGUGCUGUGCCAGGUUUUUGCUCCUUUACUUUAUAUAUUUUUUUCAGAAGCAUUUAAUAAUUUUACUGCUGGUUUUUCUUAUUAGUUCCAACAUGCAGAUUCAAUAGUCAGCACCUUAGGUACAACAUUUUGUUAAAGGUCUUGAUUACCCACAUGUUUUCUUUCUUGCAUGAAGUCAUUUUGUUGUCAUGUUUGGAUCAAUAUUGCUUUUGUACAUUGAAUAACUCGUACUGUAAAAUUUGCACUCAGGAGAGACUUGUAUAUUUGGGGUUUCUUCUCAAUACACAUACUUUAACAGGGCAAAGUUUUUAAUCGUGUUGGUUACUUUUGUUUUUUUAUUUAGUCCUUUAUAUGACUUGGUUUAAAAAAAAAAAAAAAAAUGCUACUUGUACUUCAAAAAUAUAUGCACAUGGUUUGAUUUUGCAAAGAUCCAAACCUUUUAUCUUGAAGGAUGCUGCUCAAUAAACCAUGGAGCUGUGGUUAAGACUGCACUCAUAAUAAAAUAAGACUUUGUUGAAUUAAAAUCA